UUUAGUAUAAAUUGUAGGACGCGAUCCCUGCAUAGUAUUGUUGAUUCGACACUUAUAAUAAUGGCAGCCAAGCUUCUCCUUGUUUGCGUUUCUGCGCUCUUCGUUCAGUCCGCCAUGAGCAACUGCCUCGGUCGCAUUGGCGCUGGUCUCGGACCUUACGGCGCCGGCUGGGGCUAUGACGGUCUCGCCUACGACGGCCUCGCAUACGGCGCCGCCUGGCCCGCCGGCCGUCUCGGCUGCGGAGCCAUCGGCCCCAUUGGCGCCAUCACCCCCGCCGCCGACCUUGCCGCCUCUUACGGCGGUGGCCUCCCCGUCGCUACCGGCUCCCCCAUCGCCCCCACUGGUCUCGCCGUCGCCUCUGAGAACGUGUACGAGGGUCCCGUCGCCGUGGCCGGUAACCUGCCGUUCCUGGGUACCGUCGCUGUGGAGGGUGUGUUCCCGACCGCCGGUGCUGGUGCUGUCUCGUACGGCUGCGGCGACGGUGCCAUCGGUAUCACCGCUGAGGGUCCCAUUGGAGCUUAUGGUCCCGCUGCCAUCGCCCCCGCCGGUAUCGCCCCCGCCCUCGGCUAUGGCGGUUUGGGUCUGGGUUACGGAGUCGGCUACGCUGGACGCCUCGGUGGAUGCGGCUGCGGUGCUAUCUACUGAAAUCUUCUCACUAACGACUUUGAUGUAAAAUAUAAAUAAUAUAUAUAAUAACCUUCAAGUGCAACCUUUGUUUGAUUUAGCACUAAUUAAACUUAUAAUAUGAAA